AUGGACGAGAUGGGAGACGGCGUAGCGCAAUCGGCGCCCACGAAUGCUGCUGCUGCUGCCGCUGCCGCUCUAUCGACACCAGGAAGGGUCCCCUUCAAGUCCGGUCGCAGCUUCUCUGAUCCACCCAUCACCACUACGAACACCGCCAUCACCACCACCACCACCACCACCACCUCCUCCUCCUCCUCCUCCUCCUCCUCCUCCUCCUCCUCCUCCUCCUCCUCCUCCUCCUCCUCCUCCGUUACCCUCCUCCAGCCGUCGCCCGAGUUCAAGGAGCGGCAACGCAGCAGAGACGACCAUGCUCUGCCUGCAACGCCGCGUCCCAUCCGCCGACCCGAUCUGCUCGCGAGAGGCCUGACCUUACAACUCCCUCCCCCGCGAGUCUCCUCCGCCGAAGCGCAGCCCGCUCGAGCGCUGUCGCCCUUCACCCUCCCGCCCAGUCCGAAGCCCGACAACCGCAGUCUCGACAGUACGGUCUCGGGUACCGGCGCUAGCUCCACAGCGUACAUGCACUCACCUGAUCUCUCGCAUUCACCAGUCACCAACCUGCCACGACACUCGCGCGGCCUUGACUUCUCACGUGCAUGCACAAGACUACAUCACUCCACUGUUGCCGAGAGCAGUCCCGACUCCUCGCCCAUCAUCACUCAGCGGGCUGUCAACAUCCCUGGUCGCAAGAUGUCUGUCGGCAGCAUGGCACUGGACUCGCCAAAUGUCAUGGGGCCAUCGAGUCUGCCUUGGGCGAUGCCUGCCGCGGAGAAGAGCACUAUGAGCAGCUCAGUGGGCAGCGUGAACAUGCUGGGCAGUGAUAUGGAGAGCACCGAUAGCGACGAGGACGCCAGCAUGGGCGGCGACGAUACCGAGGACCCCAUGUUCACCACACCCCAGGUUCACAAGCUCCACAAUCCAAGUAUGCCUACACCAUUUCACGCACCGCCAUUGACACCCAGUGGUAGCGCUACUUGGGCUACAGGUAGUCACUUUUCGCCUGCACAGACCAGCCUGAUGAAGACCAUGAGGAGAUCGAGGCUGCAGAAGCCAGGCCGGAGGAGCAGAAAGAGUUCGAGCAGUGCAAGUGGAAGUGGCUACAGCUCCGUCAACUCACCACGUGCAACCUCACCUCCACCCUUGCGCAGCAUCGAGUCUGCUGCAAACAAUGGGUACUUCUCGUGGACAAAUACUGCUCGAAGCCGGCGGGAGAGUCUGGCUAUGGGACCAGACGGCUUACAUCUGUCAAGUGGCAACGACAGCGGUGAUGAAGCCUCACGCGAUCCCUCCAAUCCUUCCACACCUGGCGUUGUGAGAAGACCCGUCACCCGCCGCGGGAACCUCUUGCCAAAGACCAAAGGCUUCGCCCGAAUCCGUGCGGCUCUCCUCGAGGAAGCAGCACCCGUUGAUACGGAAAACAAAAAAGAACACGAGACGAUGCGUCAAGUCCGUGAACGAGACACAAGCGUGGGCGAUCGCGAGCCUGAUCGCCCGACAACAGCUACCGCUGCCUCGUCGCCGAAUCUUCUCCCAGCUGUGCCAGAGUGCGCUCAGGAAGACUUGGGCAGGGACGAAAGCAUGGAUGCUGAUAGUCGAGGCCUCGGUAUGAACUUCGCUGCUCAUGCUAGUCGCAACAGUGGUGGCAUGAAUUACUGGAAUCGCUUUGAUCCUGCGAUGCGGACACCGCCACCUCCGACUUUCGCUCGGCAGUGCAGUAGCGCCAUGUCUGAUGUUAACAUGGACUCUCCAAUGGGUGACCUGUGGCGUCGACCACGAGCACGAUCGUCUGCAUCCGAUGCGAGCGAAGCCUUCGUACCGACUGGUCCUCAGAACGGAGCCACCACUGCCGUCAGCGAUGACAUGCAUCUACAGCAUUUCAAGAAGCGUAGACGAGAGGAUGACUUCGACAUCAUGACUAUAAAACGUCGUGCCGUGAGCCCAGGAAUUUCAGCGCAGAAUAGCCCUGUCCUGACCAACUCGCCUACCACCAAGACCACCAAUGGCGAUGUGUUGUGGGGCCUGCCACCGGAGAAGAAGGACAAAAAGGAUCUCAUUUCCUCUGAUAGCUCUUUGCCGAGCGCAGGCACGCCUCAGCUGCAACCCAUUAGGAGCGGUGGCAGCUCGAUUGGUACGUUGGCCAGUCAAGGCAAAAAGCUCGGGUUGCAGCCCAUGGCGGACACGAAUGACGGCUUGAUGAAGAUGAGCAUUGAAUAG